UCCAAACAAAACAGCGCAGCCGAGGCGUCACGACCGACUUCUGACAGCUUCCGAAUCUAAUUUAGCACACGUUUGUGAACUUAGUGACAAAAACAGUGUUUUAACAUAGUAUCAUCAAGAUGACAGUGACUUUGAGUGUAUUAACAAGAAGGUAGCGAAUACCGAUCAUGACCGAAGUGUCAGAUUGUUUAGGUGCGAAGCAGCUGAUGGGAAGCGAUAGACGGGACCAGUUCUUCUGUGCUGUAGAGAUCCGAUACCCUGAUCUCACCCGUGGAUUUGCUGAACUGCAUUAAACUUUAUACGCCAUGGAAAGCGUUGGAAAAUACGAGUUCAACAGGAAAGAUCUGAUAGGACACGGCGCUUUUGCUGUGGUGUUCAGAGGAAGACACAAACAGAAACAUGAUUUUGAGGUCGCGGUGAAAUGCAUUAACAAGAAAAAUCUCGCCAAAUCACAGUCACUCCUAGGAAAAGAAAUCAAGAUAUUAAAGGAGCUGAAACAUGAGAAUAUUGUCAGUUUACUGGACUUUCAGGAGAUAUCGGGAUGUGUCUAUCUUGUCAUGGAGUACUGUAAUGGAGGAGACCUAGCAGAGUAUUUACACUCUAAAGGCUCUCUGAGCGAGGACACGAUCCGCGUAUUACUGCAGCAGUUGGCGGGAGCCAUGAGUGUUUUAAGGAGUAAAGGCAUCAUUCACCGUGACCUAAAGCCCCAAAACAUUCUCCUUUCGUACAACACAGGUCGCAAGGCCAACCCCAACAACAUCUGCAUCAAACUGGCUGAUUUCGGCUUUGCACGUUAUCUGCAGGGAAACACGAUGGCUGCCACACUAUGUGGCUCUCCAAUGUACAUGGCUCCUGAAGUCAUCAUGUCACAGAAUUAUGAUGCCAAAGCUGAUCUGUGGAGUGUAGGGACCAUCAUCUACCAGUGUUUGACUGGCAAAGCCCCAUUUCAAGCAAACACUCCUCAGGAACUGAGGCAGUUCUAUGAAAGAAACCGGAGCUUGAGUCCCAGUAUUCCACGUGAAACCUCCAGUCACCUAAGACACCUUCUACUUGGGUUGCUGCAGAGGAACCACAGGGAACGCAUGGACUUUGAUCAUUUUUUCCACCAUCCUUUCCUGGAGGCCAGUACAUCCAUGAAGAAAUCCUCUCCAGUGCCCAUGCCCACCUAUCCCAUCUCUGGCUCUGUGAGCUCCAGCAGCGGUUCCUCAACCUCUCGCCUCACCCCUACUCAGUCUGACACUGAAGCUCCGAGGGCCCUCCCUCAAAUGAACCCCACACCGUCUCCAGGCUCCCUGCUGAAAGACUCCUCUUCCUCCGAGUCCGAUGACUUUGUAAUGGUGCCGGGUCAGUUCACCAGUGAACUAGUCUCAGCAGAAGGGCAGGACAGUUUGAUGCGCAGCGGAAGCUCACUGCUGGGUGUCGCUGCUUGUGUGGGUCAAACCCCGUCAUCCUCCCCGUCUGUCAGAGCCUCCCCAAGCCCCUCCAGGCCUCUGGAGUCGUGUAGCAGUAGUUACGCUCAGUCUGUGCCUGUUCCCGUACCGACACAAAAACACAAUUACCACAGGAUGGAGCAGAACCUACAAGUGUCUAACAGGACAACAACACCUGUACAUCACUGCUGCUCAAAUGGAUUUCCAACAUGUGGGCAAAUCAGGGCUUCUCCAGAAACAGGAGGAUCCAGACCGUUUCUACCUUCCCCACAGGUGGGAAAUGUUCCUGAUACACCCAUCCAGCCCCAGCCUGUUGGCAGUAAGACGGGGUUGAAUGCUGCAGAUCAGCGGCCUGGUCAGGUCUAUCCUUUCUUCACUGACCUGACGACCAUGGACCCGACCCUGACCCAGAGACUCAGGGGUCAUCGGAACAGCCUAGAAUCUGUAGUGCACAGAUGGGAUUUGUAUCGGCGGCCUGUCUCUGGUCAAACUCCAAGUACGGCGCUGGUUCAGCGAGGCCUGACUACCCGAACCAAGACCAUGUCCGACCUGAAAGACCUGGCACAGUACCCGACUGCAGGGCCCCGUGUGCCACUUCUCAGGCCAGCGGAAAGAAGGGACACGGUCAAAAGGUCAUUAAGUACCGGCCGUCUCUCAGAUAAGCUGCUGAAGGCUGUGUUCGGACAUCAACUUGACAGGGGCAGCUGUGAGAGCUUAAAUUCAGAGAAACCCAUGGACACAACAGCACCCCCUUGUGGCAGUGAUGGCAUAGAGCAAGGCUCAGGCAGUCCUGCUGGAGUUGUGUUCAUGCUGGGCUCUCCUGAAUUCGGAUACACACCUCCUCACGCUACUCGGCCUAGACGCUUCUCAGUGGGCACUCCCAGCCCAACAAGCCCUGGCUGGACUUACGGUCAUUUGCACGAGGACUACGGAUCACCUGACAGCCUGCGCUAUGGUUACACAGAUGCCAUGGCAACAAACCUCAGUGAGGGUGUGGCAUUUGUACCACCUGAACUGCCAGAGGAGACACUUAUGGAGGAGGGGCAUACAGACUUGCUGAGCCGACUGCGCUUCAUUCUAGCCUUUUCCCACUGUAUCAUAGAGGUCGCUCGAACGAAGGACAGUGGGACUGAAAGGAACAUGGCUCUUGAUGCUUCAUUCUUAGAGCAGAGCAUGGUGGCUGACCAGAUCAGCCUGCUGAGCCGUGAGUGGAGCUCUGCAGAGCAGCUGGUCCUCUAUAUGAAGUGUGCCGAGCUGCUGUCCUCAGCGCUACACACAGCGAUGGCCGGGAUCAAAGAAGGCAAGCUCUACCCAUCAGGAUCUGUUAAACAAGUAGUACGUAAGCUUAAUGAGAUGUAUAAGGGGUGUGUGAACUCCUGCCGUUCUCUCACUGAGAAACUCCAGCUCUUCUUCAGCAGCAAGCAAAGACUGAUGGACCGCAUGAACAACAUUACUGCUGAGAGACUCAUCUACACACACACCGUUCAGAUGGUACAGACGGCAGCGCUGGACGAGAUGUUUCAUCAUGGAGAAACCUCUGUAGAGCGAUACCAUAAAGCCUUACUGCUGAUGGAGGGCCUGUCCCUAAUUAUUACAGAGACUACAGACAUAAACAAUAUCAACAAAUGUAAACAGUGUAUUGAGCGGCGACUCUCCUCCCUCCAGCCCAAAGGAUAUGUGUGAUGCAUCAAACCCACAUCUACAUCUCAUUUCAUCAACAGUUACCAUUUUAAAUUUCAUGAAAGUAAAAACUCACACUCACCCAUUCAUUUAAAAUGUGAUACUUGGUUUACAAAGCCAAAAAAAGGUGAGAAAAGACUUUUUCAUAAUAGGCAGAGAUGAAAUCUCUAUUGAUAAAUGUAUGAUCCUUAAUGUAUAUAAACAGAAGCAGCAUCUGCUGAUUUAAAAAUCUAUUUUGUUCAGAAUACUGUGUGAAAAAAGAAUCAGUUGGUUGAAUAGAUGUCAUGUGUAAAGCUUCUCACCUCUAAUUCCACACCAAAUGCAUGAUGGCACUUCAAGUGACUUUAAUCUUAGUACUAUGGUAUUAAAACACAGUGUUGGGGACUGAAUGAGAAACAUGCCUGUAAUGUUAGUCUCAUUAAGUUACAUGGAAUGAUCCUGUUUUGAUGGACUUAUCCUGCAUGUUUUUGCAUGAUUCUGAGGAAAUGAUAGUUAUGUGCUGUAUCUAAUGGGAACUGGUAAUCAUUUGAAACCUCUGUGACCACCGAACCGGUGUUGGAUGUGUAGUAGUCCGCGACAGAUGUACAGUUCUAAUGUGGCAAUUGACCAAAAUUGUGGCAAACCUUUGCAGACCUAAUGAUAAAGACUGUCAGUUUCAUAUGUUGUCAUAUGAAGGUGGGAGAAAUACUUGAGAAUUGUAUUAGAUUAACUAUCAUACUGUUAUUCAUGUAUAUGUAAACAGCAAAGCACUUUAUAAACCCAUUUGCCUUCUGGAUGCCUGAAAACAACCACUGCAGAGGAGGCAAGCCUUCGAUGUAAUGGCUCAGUUUAAUUAACACCUGAAAGUCAAAGAAAAUGCAAUGAGAUAAUAGUAAAUAGCUUGUGUGUAGCGUUUUAUAUUUAUGUUUUUAAUUGUCAGUCUGAAAGUGAUGUUAAAGUUUUCAGUUUGCUUUAGAAUCUUUAGUAAAUGACUUUUGCACAUUUUGCUGGGAUGACUUAAGUCUCUUUUUGUAGUGAUUUGGUAGUGCCUUAACUGGUUUAAUCCCACUGGACAAUCAAAACAAAUCUGAGACUUACAAUCUGUUAUACUUCUUGCAUAUUCAUAUCAUCUUUGUUCAUUACUUGCACUAUUUUUGCAUUUUCCGAUGGCAAUAACUGUUUUCAUAUCAAGGUGUUUUUAAGGCAUUUAGUCAGAAUUGUGUGGUAGAAUGAUGAAUGCACAUGAAACUUUUUAAAAUAAUAGUGAUGUUCAAUUGAGGACAUUGAACUAUUUUGUAUAUGUUGUUACAGUAUUUAUGAUGCCUUUGUCUUUUUAUCUCCAUUUGCAGAAGCCAAAAAUAAGUGCAGAAUGCAUGUGGUAUGGGUGUGUGUAAUUGAAUAAAUUUCACUUUUUAUAUUUA